AUGAGCGGCCCCGAUGGCACAUCACCACCCCAUGAUCAGCUCGACCGAGGGAUGGCCUCCACUGAGACUGACAUUGCCAUCAUUGCUGGUGUGAUUGUUGCUGUAGCCUUCAUCUUGGUCUGCCUCCUGCUAGUCAUGCUAAACUACAUAUACUGGCACAAGGGAACAUACCACACCAAUAAGGACAAGGGAACAGAGUUCACUGAGAGUACAGAUGUGGCUCUACAGGGUGAUCCUGCCCUCCAAGAUGCCUGUGAAAGUAGUAGAAAGGAGUACUUCAUCUGA